CUUCAUUUGCUGUGGUUAUUACCUUACUGCAAAGAGCUGUUCUACUGAGAAAGAGGUAACAUGCAUGUGUCACUGGCUGAGGCUCUGGAGGUUCGGGGGGGGCCAUUACAAGAAGAGGAAAUAUGGGCUAUUUUGAAUCAAAGUGCAGAAAGCCUUCAGGAAUUAUUCAGAAAAGCUGAUCCUACUGCUCUGGGAUUCAUCAUUUCUCCAUGGUCUCUGCUGCUGCUUCCAUCUGGCAGUGUAUCAUUUACAGAUGAAAAUUUUUCCCAACAAGACCUGCGAGCAUUCACAGCACCAGAGGUUCUGCAAAACCAGUCACUAUCUUCUCUUGCAGAUGCUGAAAAGAUCCAUAUUUAUUCUCUUGGUAUGACACUUUUUUGGGGAGCUGACCAUGAAGUUCCUCAAAGCCAACCUAUCAAACUUGGAGAUCAUCUCAACAGCAUACUCCUUGGUAUGUGCGAAGAUGUCAUUUAUGCCCGUGUAUCUGUACGGACUGUUCUGGAUGCUUGCAGUGCGCACAUAAGGAACAGUAACUGCGCCCCUUCGUUCUCAUACGUGAAACAGUUGGUUAAACUGGUUCUGGGAAGCCUGUCUGGGAUGGAUCAACUUUCUUGCAAUGGAGAUAGAAAACUGCAGCCAGACAGGAGCCAGGCUAUCCGGGACAGAUUAAGGGGAAAAGGUCUCCCCACAGGAAAAAAAAUGGUGGUUGCUGCAUCUGAUGGACACAAGGCUCAUUUCUCUCAACAGACCAUGCUUAACAAAGGGCUUAGCAAGUCUAUGGGAUUUUUGUCCAUUAGAGGAACACAAGGCGAGGAGGAAUUUUUCCAAGGUAUUUCCACAGAUUACAACUCAGGACAGGAAGACGCUUUGUGUCCUCAUCGAUGUAAACCCAGUGAUUUUGAAAAAAAAGAUCACUUUCAUACAGAUGCUACUCCCAAGCGGAAAGUAUGGGCUUCCUCCACAGACUUGCUUUGCGCAAGUGACAAGGCAGCUGAGAGGGACCAUGGUGGAGACAGACACAACCACCAUCAAUGUGAAACAUUUAUGGUACAGACUUCUGCUACUACCAGAAACAAGGAAGCAAGGUACUCUGAUGGGAGCAUAGCAGUGGAUGUGUUUGGACCUCAGAAACCAGACCAAACAUGUCAUGGGCCUGAGACAUCAACUUCUGCAGCAAUAUCAAGUGCCUUUGACAGGAUAAGAGAGAGACAGAAGAGACUGCAGCUUCUGAGGGAAGCCAUGAAUGUAGAAGAACCUUUGAGAAGGUACAGAUCUUACCACAGUGAUGUGUAUAGUACUUCGAGUGAAAGUCCGUCUAUUAUUUCUUCAGAACCGGAUUUCCGACAAGUGAGAAGAAAUGAAGGUUUCAAGAGAGAUGAUGCCAAUGGUGCUUUGCCAGGUGCUGAUGAUAUCUCAACAUCCAGUCAAGUCAAUUCUCAGAGGGCAAGGCAGCAUGAAACACCAUUUGAAGGCAAUCUAAUAAGUCAAGAAGUGAUGCUAAAGCGUCAGGAAGAAGAAAUGAUGCAACUGCAAGCCAGAAUGGCUCUUAGGCAGUCCCGACCUAACCUCUACCCGGGAGAUGCAGUUAGGUCCUCAAUGCUUGACAUCACCAGAGAUCCGCUGAGAGAAAUAGCCCUGGAAACAGCCAUGACGCAAAGAAAACUGAGGAAUUUCUUUGGCCCUGAGUUUGUGAAAAUGACCAUUGAGCCAUUCAUCUCCUUGGAUCUACCAAAGUCUAUCUUGACUAAGAAAGGGAAGAAUGAUGAUACCAGGCGAAAAGUAAAUGUCAUGCUUUUAAGUGGACAGAAGCUGGAGCUGACCUGUGAUACUAAAACGAUAUGUAAAGAUGUCUUUGAUAUGAUUGUUGCCCAUAUUGGCUUGGUAGAGCAUCACUUGUUUGGAUUGGCUACUUUAAGAGACAAUGAAUUUUUCUUCGUUGAUCCUGACAUAAAGCUAAGUAAAGUAGCUCCAGAAGGAUGGAAAGAAGAAUCAAAGAAAAAGAGCAAGCCCCCUGUCAACUUCAUUCUGUUCUUUCGCAUAAAGUUUUUUGUGGAUGAUGUCAGUCUUAUACAACAUACUCUGACCUGUCACCAGUAUUACUUGCAGUUGCGGAAGGACAUCCUGGAAGACAGGUUGCACUGUGAUGAUGAGACAGCCUUAUUAUUAGCAUCUCUAGCCCUCCAAGCUGAGUAUGGAGAUUACCAGGCAGAGGUACAUGGCAUGUCCUAUUUCAGACUAGAACACUAUCUACCAGCAAGAGUGAUGGAGAAGCUAGAUCUGUCCUGCAUCAAAGAAGAGUUGCCCAAAUUGCAUAGCACUUAUGUAGGUGCUUCUGAAAAAGAGACAGAGUUAGAAUUUUUGAAGAUGUGUCAGAGGCUCACAGAAUAUGGAGUUCAUCUUCAUCAUGUGCUGCCUGAGAAGAAAUCUCAAACUGGCAUCCUCCUGGGAGUGUGUUCCAAAGGAGUUGUUGUUUUUGAAGUUCACAAUGGGGUCCGCACACCUGUGCUACGCUUCCCAUGGAGGGAGACGAAGAAAAUAUCUUUUAGUAAGAAGAAAAUUACUUUGCAGAACACGUCAGAUGGUAUCAAACAUGCAUUUCAGACUGACACUAGUAAGACUUGUCAAUAUCUUCUGCACCUCUGCUCUUCCCAGCAUAAGUUCCAACUACAAAUGAGAACCAGGCAGAGCAACCAAGACACUCAGGACAUUGAAAGAGCUUCAUUUAGGAGUUUAAACCUUCAUGCUGAGUCUGUCAAAGGUUUUAACAUGGGACGAGCAAUCAGCACAGGUAGCCUGGCCAGCAGUACUCUGAACCGACUCGCUGUCCGACCUCUGUCAGUCCAAGCAGAGAUCCUGAAGAGGCUGUCCUGCUCUGAGCUUUCGCUCUUCCAACCGCUUCCUGGCUCUUCAAAGGAAAAGAAAGAAAAGAGCUCUUGGGAGGAAAGACCCAGGGUCAUGAGCAAGUCAUUUCAUGACCUGAGUCAGAGCCACAUCUCAGUUUACCCUCCAAGGAAAAACAUCGCUGCUUUGGACUCCUCGUCCCCCAAAAUAGAGAACAUAAUGGGAAGGGUCUUUCAGCAAAUGCCAAAAUUUGACAGUGGAUCAGCAGCAGGAGCAUUAAAACUGAACGAUUCAAAAUUUCAUGCAGGUUUAAGUAGAAGCCCUGAAGGAAGGAAAAAUGAAUCAGACUCAUCAUCUCUUGAAGACACCGGUCAAGCCUAUGUUGUAGGCGUUAGCAUGAAUAGUUCUGGAAAUACUCCGUCAUCAACACCAUUGAAAGACAGUGUUGGUACUCUACAAACUGUGCAGAGCAGAGUUUCCUCACCAGAAAGAGAGGUCACUUUGGUGAAUUUGAAAAAGGAUGAAAAAUUGGGUUUAGGCUUUCAAAUAAUAGGUGGAGAGAAGACAGGGAAACUUGAUCUGGGAAUUUUUAUUCAUUCAGUUAUUCCUGGAGGGCCAGCUGAUUUGGAAGGAUCUCUAAAACCAGGACACCGACUGAUAUCUGUGAAUAGCAUGAGUUUAGAGGGUGUCAGCCACCAUGCAGCAUUAGAAAUUAUAGAGAAUGCACCUGAAGAUGUGACACUUGUUAUCUCUCAGCCCAAGGACAGGCUAUCCAAAGCAUCAUCCAACCCUGCGCACCUCGCUAAUGGAACAAGAGGUUAUUUAAGGAGGCCAUCAUCAGUGCAGGACAAUGAGGCAGAGUCUUCUUCAGAAGAGCACAAUCAGUCGCGAGGUCACCAGAGGCCUAUCUCAGGGAGUUUGUGUGGCUUGUCGGGAGGCAAGCGGGACGGAAGCAUGAGCUCCCAGGACUCCAGGACUGAGAGUGCCAGCUUGUCUCAGAGCCAGACAGCUGGCUUCUUUGGCAAACACACAAGUGGUAGAGCCCAGCAGGAUCCUCAGCAUUAUAGUGAUUCCCUGUCUGGGCUUUCUAAAGCCAAUGAGAAGAGAAGAUCCUCGUCUGACAGUACCCGAGCAAAAACUAAAAGGCCUGGGGCAAUGGAGUCUGUGGAAUAUUCUGACCGAGGGGAUUCUGACAUGGAUGAAGCAACAUAUUCCAGCAGUCAGGAGCAACAGGCAGCUAAAAAGGAAUCUUCAGAGAAUGCAGCAAACAAAAUGAAUUCUAAGAAGAUUACUGCAACACUUAAACCUGGAGAUAUCUUUGAGGUUGAACUAGCCAAAAAAGAUAACGGCUUGGGAAUAAGUGUCACGGUACUGUUUGACAAGGGUGGUGUAAAUACUAGCAUAAGGCACGGUGGUAUUUAUGUGAAAGCAAUUAUUCCUAAGGGAGCAGCUGAAGCGGAUGGCAGAAUAGAAAAAGGUGACCGUGUGCUCUCAGUCAAUGGGAUUAGUUUGGAAGGUGCUACCCAUAAGCAAGCUGUGGAAACGCUGAGGAACACUGGGCAGGUGGUGCAUCUACUCUUGGAAAAAGGGCAGCUUUCAGUAGCCAAAGUUCAUGCUCCAGUAACACCACAGUGCACACCUCCAAAUCAGGUGGGGCAUUGCGAGCCUCAGGAGAAACCAGCAACAAAAUCUACAAAUGCCAAAGACUACAGCUUUGUCACUGCAGAGAACACAUUUGAGGUAAAGUUGCUGAAGAACAGCUCAGGCCUCGGGUUCAGUUUCUGCCGUGAAGAUAACCUUACUCCAGAGCAAUUGGGCUCAACUAUUGUGAGAGUGAAAAAGCUCUUCCCUGGGCAGCCCGCUGCAGAAAGUGGGCAAAUAGAAAUUGGGGAUGUCAUUCUGCAAGUGAACGGGGCAUCACUGAAGGGUUUAUCUCAGCAGGAAGUCAUCUCCACUCUGAGAGGAACAUCUCCUGAAGUCUCUCUUCUCCUUUGUCGGCCACCACCUGGCAUACUGCCAGACAUUGAUCCUUCUUUGUUGACUCCCAUCCAUUCACCCCAACAAGUAUUUCCAGAUGUCAGCAAAGAAGUUACUGGUCUAUCGAACAGAGAACAAGGUGACAGCUCUGAUGAAAAUGAAACUACUGAUCAGAGCAAGAAAAGGCUAAAAUCUCCCUCUAGGAGAGACAGCUACAGUGACAGCAGUGGGAGUGGUGAUGAGGAGGUGAUAGAUUCUCCAGCACAGUUGGGCCCUGGCUGGAGUUCUGCCCUGUAUAAAACCUCCGAUGAAGCUGUUAUGCAAGCACAUAGCCAGUAUGAGACGCACGGUGGUCAGGAAGAGGUCAUUCGUACCAUCUUAUAUUCUGCUCAUGAGACUCCCAGCAAAUCAGAGUUUGAGGACAGUGAUCUGCCACUGGAUUUGCCGCUGAUCCCAACCUGUAGAACUGUUCCUGAUGUCACCACAUCAAUUUUAAUAAAUGACUCAUAUGCUAGUUCCAUUCCUGAGCUGACUCCACACCUGGGAGGAAUGGCUUCGUUACUCAGUCAAUUGGAAAAAAAUGCUGAAGAAUAUGAACCGGAAGUAGAGCUCCAAGUUACCAUGACGAAGUCAGAAAAGGGUAGUCUGGGCUUUACGGUGACCAAAGGAAGUGAUAACAUUGGCUGCUACAUUCAUGAUAUUGUUCAGGAUCCUGCCAAAAGUGAUGGGAGACUACGACCUGGAGACCGGCUUAUAAAAGUUAAUGACAUGGAUGUCACUAACAUGAGUCACACAGAUGCAGUAAAUUUUCUCCGAGCUGCCCCAAAGACUGUCAGAUUAGUGCUAGGACGUGUUUUGGAGUUACCUAAGAUGCCCGUGUUGCCUCAUUUACUGCCUGAUAUUACACUAACAUGCCAUAAGGAGGAGCUGGGCCUGUCUUUAUCAGGAGGUCAUGACAGCCUUUACCAAGUUGUGUAUAUUAGUGACAUUCUCCCCAAAUCAGUUGCUGCCAGAGAUGAGAGUCUGCAUGCAUUAGAUAUUAUCCAUUAUAUUAAUGGAGUAAGCACACAGGGAAUGACUCUGAAAGAAGCCAAAAGAAUGUUGGAAACAUCGCUUCCUAAAGUGGUGCUCAAAGCGACCAGAGAUGGUCACCCAGUGAUUCCAAAAUCCAAAAGCCCUGAUCAUUCAAAUCUGUGGUCAAUGAAAGCUAAUGGCUGUUCCCGUGCUGAUCACUGUGGUAAAGCAGAAACAACAACUGAUGGGCCCAAGGUAAAUGGCAACUGCAUCCUAGGAGUGUCUCAUGCGAAUACGGAAAAUAAUAUCCAUCAAACCGAAGGAUUAAUGACUCUCACAGGGUAUAGAGAUAUCCCUUCUCUGGGUUUUACCAAUCAGACGUCAGAUUUGUCUAAACACAGUGACAAUUCAGAAACGGAGGUUCUGGAGGAUGAGUAUUAUGAUGAGGAUGAUCACAAUGAAGUUGUUCAGUAUCUGUUGGAUGUUGUAGAUGAGGAAGCCCAGAACCUUUUAAAUCGUAAUAAUGCAACGUCAGAGGCCCAAGACCACCUACAUCUCAAAAAUGCCACGUCAGAUGAUCAUCUAUCAGAGCUCAAUGGGAAGCUGACAGAAGAUAAGUCUGAGGACACGGACUGUGACGGAUCAUCGUUACCUGAAGAUUUUUCGGAGCCAACACACACAAAUGGUUGUGAAGAGCAUUGUGAAGUAAAAGCUACGUUAGAAAGGUCACCUCCACAACCUCCCUUGAACCAAGCAGAUGAAGAUGAAAUCACAUGGGGAAGUGACGAACUACCAAUUGAAUCAAUAAACCAGGAACGUUUACAUAAAGAUGGUCCUUUAGUCACAAAUGAAGAGAUCUCUGCACUCCCUACUGUGAAAGUGCUUCCUGGAGGCAAGUACACAGGAGCCAAAUUAAAGUCAGUCAUCAGGAUGUUGCGAGGGUUGCUGGAACAGGGUGUCCCUUCUAAAGAGAUUGAAAAUCUUCAAGAGUUAAAACCUUUGGAUCAGUGUUUGAUUGGACAAGCGAAAGAGAAUAGGAAGAAGAACAGAUAUAAAAACAUACUUCCUUAUGAUACCACCAGAGUACCUCUGGGGAUUGAUGGUGGAUACAUCAAUGCCAGCUUCAUUCGCAUGCCAGUGGGGAAUGAAGAGUUCAUUUACAUUGCAUGUCAAGGACCUCUCCCUACUACUGUAGCAGAUUUCUGGCAAAUGGUCUGGGAACAAAACUGUACUGUGAUUGCCAUGAUGACUCAGGAGGUUGAAGGAGAAAAGAUAAAAUGCCAGCGUUAUUGGCCAGAUGUACUCAAUAAAACUAUCAUGAUAAAUGAUAGGCUCCGGCUUGCUCUUGUAAGACUCCAGCAGCUGAAGGGCUUUGUCGUUAGAGUGCUGGAGCUAGAAGAUAUCCAGACAGGUGAGGUACGGCACAUCUCGCAUCUGAACUUCAUUGCUUGGCCUGACCAUGACACCCCUUCUCAACCAGAUGACCUGCUCACUUUUAUCUCCUACAUGCGGCAUGUCCACAGAUCAGGACCUAUCAUAACUCACUGCAGUGCGGGCAUUGGACGGUCAGGGACCCUUAUCUGUAUAGAUGUUGUUCUAGGGUUGAUCAGCAGAGAUCUUGAAUUUGACAUCUCAGACUUGGUGCGCACGAUGCGUCUGCAGCGGCAUGGGAUGGUUCAGACGGAGGAUCAGUACAUUUUCUGCUAUCAAGUUGUCCUGUAUGUCCUGAAUCAUCUCCAAGAUGAACAACAACAGAGAGGCAAAUGAAAUGCUGAACCUGAAGUGCUUUUAAAAUAAGAAAGUGAGGAAAUCCAGAGGCUCUUGCAUGUUUUGAUUGUUCUGCCAGCCAAUAUUAUUCCAGUCUCUUUCUUCAGUUGCUAUCAAGUGUCUUUGCUAUACAGUCUGUCCGUUGUUCCAGCGAAGGUAUAUAGUAUAUGGAAAAGGUCUAGCUCAUACAGUACCACUACUAUCUUCAGCCUAUGGACUCAUGUGAGAGUUUGUAUAACAGUAAAUAAUAUUUAAUAAAGUUGCAUUUUUGCAGCUUUCUUAAUCUGUGAUAAAGUACUUAAAUAAAAAUAUUUUAAUUAAAAAAAUGAAAAAAAAUCUUAUGAUGUCUCCUGCAGUUCUGCAGCUGCUCUGGGUAUGUUUCUUAUGGGGUGGGAUGUGAGAGUACAAAGCAGCAUUUUAUCCCAGCAAACUUAAUUACAAAGACAUUUUAUUAUUCUCUUUAAAAGCUUGUUUAUGGCACGGAAUUUUUUUGGCAUUUUAGUACAGUUAGAGCUAUUUUAUAGAGGGUAUCUUUAAAUCAGUAUUUAAGCUUAAAAGACGCCUGCUAGUAUAACAAAGAUAGUGAAUGUUUACUGUAAGUAUUGCAGUUUAUUAUGUUUACUUGGUAGAGUUUCAUGUAUAUAUUUAUAUACUUUUAUAGAAAAAAAAGAUGAAUUAUUAGGUGUCUAAACUUAUAACUG